GACACCAGUUCUCUGUUUGCACUCAUUUUCUCUGUACUGUUGGACAAUGUUCACUCACCUGACUAUAAUUGUCCGUAGGGAUUGGCCAUGGCCUUGAAAAGGAGACGGACGACUUCUCCUUCUAGCAGUGUGAGUGCUGGAGAUUUUGACGAUAACCAAACUUCAUCCUUAGUGUCUUCAAUUGGGAGAAAGAGGAGAAGGACCUCAAACAUGCCAACUGUGGAUCCUAUCGCUGUCUGUCACGAACUGUACAACACAAUCAGAGAUUAUAAAGACGACCACGGCAGGAUGCUGUGCGAGCUGUUCAUCAGAGCGCCGAAGAGAAGGAAUCAGCCCGACUACUACCACGUGGUGUCACAGCCUAUUGACAUGAUGAAAAUACAGCAGAAGUUGAAGAUGGAGGAGUACGACGAUGUGGUGCAACUGACCAGUGACUUCCAGCUGUUGUUCAACAACGCCAAAACAUACUACAAGUCUGACAGUCCAGAGUACAGGGCCGCCUGUAAACUGUGGGACCUGUACCUGAGAACCAGGAAUGAGUUUGUUCAGAGAGGGGAAGAUGAUGAUGAUGAAGAGGAGGAUGGUUAUGAUGCACAAGACAACCCUGGAGGAACGAACGAAGACGAGGUGACAGUGACUUUUCAUGUUUUGCUUUACUGAUUUGUAUC